AUGUCUCAUUGGCGAGUUUUGCAGUGGAGAGCUUUCGCUAAAGAAUGGUUGUUAUAUGAUGCUUACAUGCAAUGCCCUAUGCUCUCUGGUGAAAGGAUAGCUAAAUAUUUGAAAGGAAAACAUAUCCGGUACUAUGACCCUUACAAUGACUUUGGGAGUCAUGUUGUUGUUUUUAAUUCCAGACACAUUGCUGCGAAAGACAACAGUCGAUAUUGGAAGCGAUUUCUUUAUCCUAUACAUACAAGAUUUCCUCGCCACCGUAUUGAAGAAACGAUGGAAGAAGUUCACCGUCGUGAUCCUACCGAAGUUAUUCGUCUGGAGACUAAAGCCAACCUAGAAAAUAGGGAAUCCCGUAAAUAUCAGUUAGAACGUCUUCACAUAUAUCCUGACGGUAUUGAAACCGUCCCUAAGGAUAUUAUCGCGAAUGUUUCAGGAGUAAUUCCACAAGUUAUGAAAGUUCCUAAGUCUCUUAAUGAAUAUUCUCCUGAAGAACUUGAUGAAUUUCCUAAACUUUUUGAUUGGCCAGAGGAUUAUCAUGUCUCACCGCUCAGCCCAAUCACAAUCAAGUUACUCAAAAGAGAAUCUAAAUAA